UUUCCUAUUCCAUUCGUGGUAUAUGCUCUCAAAAAUUCAAGCUGAAGAGACUGCAAGGAAAUUUGCAAAUUGACUCUCCAUCUAGAGCUUGAACUAAAUUCUCCACAGCAUUAAGCUGUGGAUCACAUAACUGGUAUAAUUCAGAAAUUAUUUUUCCUAAACUAGGUCCUCUUAUUAAAUAUAUUCCUGUUGUUUUGAGUAACAAAUAAUUUUCAAUUAGUCAAAGACAUGAAUGCUUUCCACCGUUUUCAUUAGCCAAAACCCAAAAAAAAAAAAAAAAAAGGGGGCCACAAUCACAAACAGUCAAAAAUUGUUCCAAUUGUACUGUAGGAUACCUCAUUCACAUUGUAAACGGGUUUAGUGAAGUUGGUAAACAACAUGCUCAGUAAAAAGUUGAUUUACCACACAUUAGAAAGUAUAAAUUAGGGGAAUCACACAAUCAACCAAAAAUCAACUAUAAAGAGCCUGAAUGAAAACCCAAAAUGCGCAACUACUUGUCUUCCAAAGGAAAAAUAAGUUGUCCCAACCAUAGAAGUAUUAAAUAAGUGCACCUUGAAAAAAACAUCAGAACCAUUUCUUUUUAUUUGUUGAGCUGUGAAAAAAGUUGACACCGUUGGAAAAAUAAAAAUUACAGCUACACUUGGAUGGAUAAUAUUAUCUUAUCACUAAAAUUAAAAUUAUAUUAUCUAAAUGACAAUACAGUCUCUUAUCAUGUACAAAUUAUAUGCAUAUUGUAUACGGCACUCCUGGUUGACAAAAUAAUUAAUAGUGCCCUGUGCUCUGCUGUGGUUUUGACUUUUUGUUUAAUAAAAAUGUUACUUUUUGUUUAAUAAAAAUGUUACCUUGCGGAUCAGGGACUCACCAAGGUGGGUGCAUGGAAGAAAAAGUCGACGAUAUGGUCGAAAUGCCGGCGACAAUAUCUGUUGUCGGCGAGUACCGACACCGAUAGAGGGGGGGAAGAAAUUUCUGUAUGGAUUAUCGUGGAAAUGUUGAGAGUGUCGAUGAAUGUCGAGAGUGUCGAUGAAUAUCCACAGAAAUCUCCAUUUUCAAAUGGAUAUUUAUGGAAUUUUGAUGGAGAUUUCGGUUGUCGGUAGAAAUUUGAGUUGUCGGUCCAAGGACUAUGGUGGCCCUGAUACCAUUAGUUCUUUUGCUUUGGAGGACAAUGAAUCUUGGCUGAGGAAUUUGUUCGGGUUCAUUUUACAGGUCGUUGAUGCUUGUUAUUGCUUCCUUCUAACACUUCUCGACAACAAACUAUGGUUUCCAACCAUUUUGGUCUUUAUUGUAGGAAAUGUUAAAUAUGCAGAAAGAACAAUAGCUCUGUAUCUUGCCAACUUCAACCGUUUUGGAUCUCCUGUUCAUGAUUUUGAAGAACCAAAUGCUGAAGGGGAUUAUUGGUGGUUCCUUCUUCGAUAGCUUCAUGAUGUCUUGUAGGAGAACUCCAUUUUCAAACUCAAGCUGCUUGAUGGUGCCUUCCAUUCUUCAAUAAAUUUUAUAUGUUUUUUGGUAAUCUUUGAAUUAUUAGUUCGCAAAUGGGCUGUUAGUAUUUGUAUUCAAUUCGAUUUUUUAUUCUUGUUUCAUGGGAAUGAGAAGCAGAUUUGGAGCUCUAUUGACUUUGGUUCUUGUAGAACAUGGAUACCAACUGUUCGACAAAUUUCCCACAUGAAAGUUAUUUCUUUUCAUUUGAAAAUUUGGUUUUCCUUUUUUUCAGUUACUUGUUAUUGGUUUUGGCAGCUUGUAAAAUUGGUUGACAUUUUAUAUUUUUCAAAGUCUACCACUUAAAAAGGUUGUUUUUGUUGUCCAAAAAUCACUUUAUGGAUCUUGGCAAUUAUCCUUUAAAUUAUUAGUUCACUAAUUGUUGUAUUUGUAAGUAGUACAGGGAACUCCGGCAACACAACAUCACAAUUAAUAUAUGGCAAUAAGAGUCUUACUCUCUCUUCAAUUAGAUACUUCUCCAUCUCGCUAUGCUUCCUUGUUGCUUUUAUUUGCAAUGUACAGUCUAUUAUUACGUCUAUAUAAGUUUCUUGGCCACUAUUCCUACAUGGCAAGGAAAAGGAGAGUCCAUUGAGUAUGUUGCAACUUGCAAGAAAUCUGAAUAGAGGAAGCUUAUUUUGGUCCUUCGGAUUGCGAGCAUUUUACUUGUCUGCCCCCUUCUUCCUCCGGAUUUUUUGUCCUAUAUCUAUGUAUGCUUCAUCUAAUGUCAUUUAUUCUCUAUUUCUUGGACACAACAGCCAGCUUUACAAGACAACUUCACAGUUACUCCAUUAAAGAGGUGUGAGAACCAAUGAUGUGGAAUAAGUUGGUCAACUGAAUGUAA